AUGGCGGGUGAAAUUGAAGAGCCUUUCAGGCUUAAUUUUCAGGCAGAUACUCUGCACUCUGGCUCUAUUUCAUUUGGAAGGUUCGAAACAGAAGCUCUUUGUUGGGAGCGGAGGUCAUCCUUCUCACACAACAGGUAUCUGGAAGAGGUAGAGAAAUACUCAAAACCAGGUUCAGUUACAGAAAAAAAAGCGUACUUUGAGGCUCAUUUUAGAAAGAGGGGACUUCUCGGCCAGAGUUCAUCUGAGUGUCUGAAUGGGAUGGAAUAUCAAUCCAGUGAAAAUGAUAUCUCAGAAAGUACGGGUUAUGAUGAACAUCAUGAGCACGAGGAUGAGGGCAAUUGUACCGCACGUAUUGAUCUGAGUUCACACGGUUCAGUACAUGACAUAGACUAUGAUGUUACUGAAUCAGAAUCAAAAAGUGGAGAUUUUACUGCAUCAUUUUAUGAACUUCAGGUUGAACCUGCAUCUGAUACCAUUGGUGCAGACUUUGUUGCUGAACAUGAAAAGGCAGAAGAAGCAAAUCUCACUGAAUUAGAACCUGCAUCUGAUACCAACGGUGCAGGCUUUGUUACUGAACUUGAAAAGGCAGAAGAAGCAAAUCACAGUGAAUUUGGCAAGUUAGUUCCGGCCAAUUCUGACUCAAAGAUUAAAAUAGGACAGAAUGUUCAGGAAGAAGGAUCCAGUUUGGAUACAAGGCAUUUGACAACCGUGGCCAUUGACUUGCACCUCAAUAAUCUUGUUGCUGAGGAAACUAUUGGCGCUAGACCAGAAAAUCAAGUAGGCCACUCCAUCCAGGAUCUAGAGGGAAGGGUUGCAUCUGAAAUCAAACACAUGAAGCCAAGAUUGACACCUCGAGUUAGUGUUGCACAAGAGAAGAGAAAUAUGAUUAGUGAAACUCCUAAAGGUUCUGGAAAGCCUAGAGUAAGAGUCAAUGACACUCAAGUAAGAUCUAAGGCAGAAAAGAAGACUCCAGAAACUGUUUCUCAGAACAAAUGUUCAAUGCACAAAAUGCAUAAAUAUGAGGUUUUUCCGGGUUCAAAGGAAAAAGUUAGCCGAGAGAUUAAAAGCACUAAUAAAGAAUCAGGAAUCCAGAAAGUUUCUGUGUGUAGGCCUUCGUCAUUGCAGAAGACUGCUAAUACAGUACAUCAAAGUGCAAACAGGCUCACACAAGCCGCAAGUUUAACACCAGGCAUGAGGCGGAAUGGCUCUGAUUUCAGUUCCAGAAGUGGUGAACAUAUGGAGAAAAGGAAAGAGUAUCAUAUGAAGUCAGAGGGAAAAGCGCAUGCAAAGGAGACUGAAAUUGACAAACUUCAAGCAAAAAGUCAGGAAAAGGAGAAAGCUGAAAUUAAACAGUUGAGAAGAAGCCUCAACUUCAAAGCUACACCCAUGCCUUCCUUUUAUCAUAGAGCUGGGAAAGGGUCAGAUAGAAGCAAGGCCACAGAAAGUAACGCCAAAACAAGAACACCAUUGACUAAACCUUCAAGUCCUGGUAUUAGAAUUUCUGAAAGAUGUUCAUCAAGUUCAGGCAAAGGAACUUAUCAAACCCUUUCCAUCAGCAAAUCUGUAAAGUCAAGUGAUUCGCCAUUCAUCUCAGGCGAAACCAGCUGCUAUUCAACUAUCACUUCUGAUAGCACUCCAUCAUCUCCAGCAUCUCCAGAAGGAGAAACCAGCAAUAAUCAUCCAAUACAAGCUGCAGUGAACGACAUAGUAGGUGGGACAAAACAGAAAGAGAAAGAUAAGCGUAUAAACAUUCAGAGCCAUAAAGUACCAGAAGUUAACAAGAUUUUUAAGGGCCCAAAAGUCGAUGGAAAGCAGAAGCCAGGAAAUGGGAGGCAUAGCUAUACUGGACUGGGAAGUAGCUCAAGAACUGGUCGACUAGCAGUUGGCGUUGCCUCGUGA